AUAAAACACGAAAAUAUUUCUGUUUUGUGACCUUUCCGCCGUGUUGCAAGCAGCGUAACAUCGAGUGAGGAUGGGCGAAGGGGAAGCAAAAGCGUUGGUUCCGGAAUCAGUGGUGAAGAAGGAGAAAAGGAAUGAAGAGUGGGCUUUGGCCAAAAAACAGCAACUGGAAGCAGCCAAGAAAAAGAGGUUUGAAACUCGGAAAUUGAUUUUUAGCAGAGCCAAACAGUACGCUAAGGAAUACGAGGAGCAGCAAAAUGAACUAAUUAGGUUGAAGCGUGAAGCCAAGCUUAAGGGAGGGUUUUAUGUUGACCCUGAAACUAAGCUCUUGUUCAUCAUCAGGAUUCGUGGUAUCAAUGCCAUGGAUCCCAAAACAAGGAAGAUUCUGCAGCUUCUGCGUUUGAGACAGAUUUUUAAUGGCGUCUUUCUUAAAGUGAACAAAGCAACCUUGAAUAUGCUGCAUAGGGUAGAGCCUUAUGUUACCUACGGGUACCCUAAUUUGAAGAGUGUAAAAGAAUUGAUCUACAAGAGGGGCUUUGGAAAAGUCAACAAGCAGAGAAUUCCUCUGACCGACAAUUCUAUUAUUGAACAGACUUUGGGGAAGCAUGGGAUCAUUUGCAUUGAAGAUCUGAUCCAUGAGAUCAUGACUGUUGGACCUCACUUCAAGGAGGCAAACAAUUUUCUAUGGCCUUUCAAGCUCAAAGCUCCCCUGGGUGGUUUGGAGAAGAAAAGAAAUCAUUAUGUUGAAGGAGGUGACGCUGGCAACAGGGAAAAUUACAUAAAUGAGCUCAUUAGAAGGAUGAAUUAGUUUUGUCCUAUUGUCGUUACAAAAAAUUUUGAGGCUAUGACAAUUUUUGUUUGUGCAUUUAUUAUUUCGAAUGUGUGAGCUGAUUGAGGUAUUGAUUCAUUAGUGGCCUGUUAUUAUUCUUUCGAAGAUUACCCUAAAUUUAUAUAUAUAACUUGAUCUAGACAUUUCAAUU